AUGGCAGAGAAUGGGAUCAAGUUGGAAAAGCUGGAUUCUUCCAAGAGGCCGCUUUUGAAGUUUUGGCGAGGGUAAGUUGGGUUUUUGUGUUUAUUAAGUUUUUAGGAGAGAUGAAGAUGAGGAGGACAGGCCGGCCAAGAUUAAAAAGGUUUCGUUCUUUCAAUUGGUAAGUGUUUUUGUUCUUUUGGAUUAGGUUUAGGUAUAAAAAAAAAGAUAAUGAACGUUCAUUUUGAACAAAAACAAUAAAGAUUUUUCCAAAAAGUAUGUGGGAAGAUAAGAAAGGAGGGCGGGGUGGCCACGGUGAAGACUUUUACGUAUUUCUUGCGCAAGUUAGUUUGAGAUGUUAAAGAAGUGCUUUCCGUUGAUUAAACUACGUUAUUUUACAAAUUACAACAUAAUUCAUAGAACAAACAUUCAAACAUAACACGUUUUGUGAAAUCUCCAUUUUCAGUGGCGAUAUGCGACGAAAUUUGACUUGUUGUUGGUUAUAAUUGGAGCUUCGGUGGCCAUAAUAACCGGCCUGGGUCUGCCUUAUCUCUCGGUUCUAAUCGGAAGUCUAUCAGAAGCGUUUGUUAAUGCGACAAUGGCGACGGAUUAUUACAUGGUCCCGGGUGCGUUUGAGUUCGUUGCUGAUAAGCUAUCUUUCAAAAAACUGUGAUUUCUAUUGAAAAGUUUAUCUUCGGAAAGGCGUUAUCGUUUAAAAUAAGAUGAUGUUAACAUGACGAUAAAGUCGAGAAAUUCAAUGCAAUUUAAUUGGAAGUGAUUUUUAAAAGUUCAAUGCACUUACAAUGUAAAAUUACGUAAAGAAUCUACUACAAUAUUGGAAACAAUAUAAAACUUGAAUUUUCAGUGCAAACCAAAGAUGGCUGGCGAUUUUUGGGUGACAUUUACACUUUGGACGGGUUCGAAGACGCGGCCAUGAACCGUAUUUGGAUCUCAGUUUACAUGGGUAUUGCGUUGUUUUGUUCGGCGACGAUUCAGGUAUAAAACACUAAAAAACAAUCAAAAGAUUAAUUAAAGGUCAACUGUUUUCUCACGGCGUGCGAGAACAUGAUGGGCAGGAUACGAAGGAAGUUCUUUUACGCCAUCUUGAGACAAGACAUGGCGUGGUAUGAUCGGAACAACUCUGGAACGUUGGCUACGAAGCUAUUUGAGUAAGGAAUGAGUUUUAGCGAGUGAAAUAAAAGAAAAACAGCAAUAUAAAAAUGAAAAUUUUAAAACGCAUUAAAAGUAAAGAAAAAGGUCAUCAACAAGGUGUACAAUAACAUAACUACAUUGACUAUACCCAUCAAAGCACGGAGAAUAUAAAACUUUCAAUUUUAGUGAUCUCGAGCGAAUGCGCGAAGGAACAGGGGACAAAGUAGCGUUAUUCAUACAAUACACAGCUCAAUUCCUGGGAGGGUUUGUUGUUGCUUUCACCUAUGACUGGUUUCUCACUUUGAUUAUGACGUUAUUGGCUCCAUUGCUGUGUGUCAGUGGUGCAUUCCUUGCCAUCUUGAUGGGUAGAUCGGCUGCAAACGAAGCGGCCAAGUAUGCAAAAGCUGGAAAUAUUGCUGAAGAGGCUUUAAGUUCAAUCAGGACAGUCUACGCUUUCAAUGGACAGAAGACUGAAUGUGAACGGUGAGUUUUACAGUGGUAACUAUACAAAAAGUUUUUGUAAAGGUUAUUUAAUAAUGUGUUUUAAUGAAUUAAAAGAAGAUAUUACAUCUGCCUACUUUUGUAAAAUACAGCUAUUUGUACUUUCAAUGUAAAGUGCGUUUUGUAGCUUCACUAAAUACCUAAUUUUAGGUAUGAAUCUGGGUUGCGUGAUGCCAGAUGGGAUGGAAUACUUCGAUCAAUCUACAUUGGCACCGGUUUCGCUUUCACUUUCUUUGUACUGUUUACAUCGUAUUUUAUGUCGUUCUGGAUAGGCACUAAUCUUGUUAUUGAUUACGGAAUGAAUCCUGGAGUCAUGAUUACAGUAUUCUUUGCCGUUAUGAUGGGUUCUAUGGCCAUGGGACAAGCUGCUCCUCAAUUUGCUGUGAUAGGAACGGCACAAGGAACAGCGGCUUCGAUUUAUGAGGUUAUUGAUCGAGUAAGUUUCUUUCGAACUAAUGUAAUUGGUAAAAUAGGUUUGAUAAGAUGGUGUAUAUCUUUGAUAAGGUAUUGUUUAUAAGCUAUUAGCUUCUAUUUGACCUUUUUUGUUUUUUAGAUAACACAAAUCGAGCAAAAACAAGGAGGAAAAGUGAUCAAAGGCAUGUCAGGUCAUAUCACUAUAAAUAACGUGUGUUUUUCUUAUCCAUCUCGACCAGAAAUCCGUGUCCUUGACCAUGUUUCAUUGGAAAUCAAGCCAGGAGAAGUUGUAGCUCUGGUUGGUGCUAGUGGAAGUGGCAAGAGUACUUUAUGCUCAUUGUUACUACGGUAUUAUGAUGUGACUAGCGGGAACAUUAAAAUUGACGACGAGUUAAUCACAGACCUAGAUGUGCAAUUCCUGAGACAUUCGAUUGGAAUUGUCAGCCAAGAACCAGUCCUGUUUAACAUGACUAUCAAAGAGAACAUCCAAUGUGGAUCGGACGAGGAAUUGACUGACGAACAGAUUAGAGAAGCCUGUCGCCAAGCCAAUGUGGCAAAGUUCGUGGAUGCAUUACCACUCGGAUAUAAGACUUGUGUCGGCGAGAGGGGAGUUCAGUUGUCUGGAGGUCAAAAACAAAGAAUCGCGAUAGCUAGAGCCUUGGUCAGACAACCAAAAGUGCUGUUAUUGGAUGAAUCCACGUCAGCAUUAGAUGCGGAAAGUGAAUCCAAAGUGCAAGAGGCAUUAGACAAGGCUUCGAAAGGCAGAACAACACUAAUUAUCGCACAUAGAUUGUCGACUGUUAAGAAUGCAGACAGAAUCGUGGCCAUGGAAAGGGGGAGAAUCGUCGAAUCUGGAUCUCACGAUGAAUUAAUGGAGAGAAAAGGUGUCUAUUACAAUUUGGUUAAUGCUCAAGUGUUCGAGGAUACUGUUAAUGAUAAUAAUGGUAAGAAAUUGAGGGAUUAUAUUUGAACUGAAUGGGAUAUUAGGAGAGAUUCUUUGCAAUAUAAGAUGAAACUAGAAAUUUUAAGAUUUAUGGCUAGUUGAAAAAGUCUACAAUUAAUUUUUUAUACAGUAAAAUGACCUCAAAAAACUGACAAAAGGAAACACAUGUCUGUCUUUACUUUGAAAGCUAUAAAUCUCUGUAAGACAUUAGUUACAGUUAUAAAAACUACAAAAUACUAUCAUAAAAACCUGCUAAAGACCAUUUACAAAUAACUAUUAAUCAAGCAACUUCCAAGAAGCUCAUUAACCUUUUGUAGGCAACAAGAAAGAAGAAGAAGAUGUAGUCUCAUCAACUAGUCGCAACAGUUCUCCCGUCAGACAUUUGGCCAGAAACUCGAUUCCAGAAUCAGUCGAACCUCAAAGCGGUCAAAAGAAGAAGCCAGAUGCCAAAACAGAACUAAAAAGACUUGAGAAAGAACUAAAGGAAGAAAAUGCUAAGCCAAAAGACUUUGUUAGCAUAUUAAAAUAUGCGCGACCUGAAUGGUUGAUGUUGAUCUUUGGAGUGUUGGUGUGUAUCAUCGAGGGGUGUGUGUUCCCACUGUUUUCGGUGUUUUUUUCGAACAUUUUGGAGGUAAGGAUAAACUUAUGGUACUUAUUUUUAAAAUGAUGUUGAUAAAAAAGACGAACUGGUACUAUUGGUACUGAAUUUGCAAAUUUAAAGUGUUUUUCAAUAAAAAUUAAGUUAAAAAAUUUAUUUUUAGGUAUUCGCCGGCACAGACCCAGAAGUAAAGCGUUACAACGGCCAUUGGUGGGCCUGUUCCUUCCUGGUGUUAGGUUUCAUCCAAGGAACUUCAAUGUUCCUCCACGCCGUCCUCUUCGGAGUUAGUGCCGAAAGACUGACUAUGAGAUUACGAUCAGCAUUGUUCCGUCGUAUCUUGUCACAAGAUAUGUCCUAUUUCGAUCAAUCAAUUCAUACCACAGGCAAAUUGUGUACCAGACUGUCGACUGAUGCUCCAAAUGUCAAAUCUGCCAUUGAUUAUCGACUAGGAAGCGUGUUUUCAAGUGUCGUAUCUUGUGCAUGCGGGGUGGUAUUGGCUUUUUACUACAAUUGGAGAAUGGCUAUCCUGGUAGUAUGCAUCUUUCCAUUGGGUGGAGUGGGACACUUCUUUCACAUGAGGUACAUCAGAGGACGGUCAAAGGACGAUGAGAACGAGUGGGAGAACGUUGGAAAGGUAAGACUUUUUGAUGUUUUAAAAGGAAUUUGAAUAUCAGUAAUAUAACAGCUGAUAAACUGUAAUAAAAGGUUUAUUUUAGGUAGCAAUUGAAGCCGUAGAGAAUAUAAGAACAGUACGAUCACUAGUAUUAGAAGAUGUGUUCUACAAGCAAUUCUGUGACCAUCUAGAAGGUCCCAUGAAGACGCUGAGAAUAAGAGCUCGUUUUCAAGGUCUUUCCUAUGGUUUUGCCUCCUCUAUCUUCUACUUUCUUCACGCAGCUUCGUUCGGAUUCGGCGUCUAUCUUAUCAUCAACCAAGGAGAACAUCCGAUGAGUGUGCUGAGAUGUUUGUUCGCCAUUAGUUUCACGGCCGGAAGUAUGGGUUAUGCGAGCGCGUACUUCCCCGAAUAUGCAAAAGCACGGUUUGCAGCCGGCAUUAUUUUCAAAAUGCUGAGCGAAGAGCCCAAGGUCGAUAAUCAGUCAUCCGUCGGCAAGGAAUUGGUAAGUUCUUUGAGCCUCGGACAGAUUGGGGGCGGAUUUUUGAGUUUGAGGAGAUUGGGAGUGAGCAUGACGAUGUUUUUCGGUACAAAAGGUCAAAGGAAACGUUUGGAGAAAAACGUUUAUUUUAGAUGUUUAAAAAAGGGUUUUCUUUUUAAUUAAAAAAAACAAAAAAUAUUUUUAAAACAGCAAUAAAUAACCUAAAAGAAGGAUAAAUAACAUAAAAUAACAAAAAAUGAUAGUCAAUCUUUUCAGAACGCAAUUGAAGGAUCAAUCAAGCUUAGUGACAUCUACUUUGCUUACCCACAACGAUCCCAAACCCAAGUGCUCAAAGGCCUAAACCUCGAAAUUGAAGCCGGUAAAACCUUGGCCCUUGUUGGAGCCAGUGGCUGUGGCAAAAGUACAGUAUUCAGCUUGAUCGAACGCUUCUACGAUUCAUCGUGCGGCGACGUAGAAGUCGACGGAAUCAAUAUCAGAGAGGUCGGACCACAAACCCUACGGAAAACUAUGGCAUUAGUGUCACAAGAGCCAAUACUCUUUGACCGGUCGAUCAGAGACAACAUUAUGUAUGGUUUGGAAAAGAGAGUAGACGACGAUGCUAUGGAGGAAGUGUUGAAUAUGGCCAAUAUCUCCGCGUUCAUUAGUGAACUGCCGGAGACGUUGAACACGAGAGUUGGUGAUAAAGGGACCCAAUUAAGUGGCGGUCAGAAACAAAGAGUUGCCAUAGCCAGGGCCUUGAUUAGAGAGCCUAAAAUAUUAUUGUUGGAUGAAGCUACUUCGGCGUUGGAUUCAGAAUCUGAGAGAGUAAGUGUAUAGGGUAAAAUUGAAAAAAGUGUUGUUUAAUGAAAGAAAGUUUAAAGUUAGGCCUAUAGGUAGGAUAAUGUAACGUAUAAGCUCAAGUAGAAAAAGGUUGUUUGCAGUUAAAGGAUAGUACCAAACAAGGCUAUGAGUAAGAUAGUAAAAAAGGUUAUGACAUUUCUUCCAGGUAGUCCAACAAGCCCUUGACCGAGCUCGUCAAGGUCGUACGUGUAUUAUCAUUGCUCACCGCUUGUCAACCAUCAUGAAUGCUGACAAGAUAGCCGUACUAAAGGAAGGGAAACUAUUUGAAUACGGUACUCAUCAAGAAUUGCUGGACAAGAAGGGUGUGUACUACGAACUGGUCGAAAAACAAAACAUACGCGGUCGAUCCAACACUGGCAUUAUAACAUAA